AUGGGCAAACACAGAAGAAAUAGGAAAAAUCCAAAGUCGAGACACGAUCCAUUAUCCAAUCCGAAUUUGACCACCAGUGCUGUCAUUAAUGCUGUUCGAGGUUCUGGCAAACAGUCCAAAAUAGGACCUUUGAUUGAUAAAUUGAAAUCACUGGUGCUCAACGACAAAUCUAUGGCGAUAGGUGUGAUUAAUGUAUUAGCCGAGGAUGAGCAAAUGAGACAAGAAUUGAUUGAUAAUGAUAUUGUUUUAGUUCUAAUGCAGUAUUGUUUGAAUGAUGCCAAUGCAAGUGAGGACAUUUUGAUUGAGUCGUUUGGGUUGUUGAGGAAUUUAAUCAUUGAGGAAGGAUAUGAUAUAAUUAAGUUUAUUUGGGACAAUGACAUUUGGACAAUUGUGGAAAACAGCUUGAACAAAAUCAUCAUUUCCUUUGAUUAUUUGAUAAAUCAUAACAAUGAAGGCAGUAGUGAUGACAAGCCAAAGAAAAGCUUGAGCAAAGCAAAAAUCCAAUCACUUUAUGAAUUCUCAGAAAAUCUCUUCACAUUGAUAAUAAUGUUAAUUACAUCAGAUGAGAGAAUUUUUGAUUUUGUCUUUAACAACAGUGGUGGCGAUAAUAAUUCUGGUGGUAAUAAAAUCGAUCCAAUCGUACAAUUUGCAUUAAAUUUAAUUGACAGCCACAUGAAUAACAAAUUGAGAUUAUCGAAAAAACUAUUCAACACGUUGUUGGAAUUAUUAUUUCAAUUGUCUACAGAAUCAGUUUCAUUUGUUCAAAAAUUAAGUACAUCGUUUGACUGGGAUAAACUUGGCCAAUUUUUACAGGAUGAUGGAAAUAACAACUAUGACUCAGCAUCCAAAAUAUAUUAUAAUGGGAUAUUUUUCUCAUUAGUUGAGAUUGUAUUGCAGCCAUCUCCACAAGAGAAAAAGGAGGAGCUAAUGAGACAAGUGUUGGGUGAUAUUAUAAAAGCAGUUGUCAAAGACGGCUCAGAACCAAAGCCAAAGGAAGGGGAGGAACAAGAGACACAAGACUUGGCAGCAUUUGAAGCAGGAUGUGAUAUCAUUGCCACUAUUUGUGAAUAUUUGGCCACUGAUGAGGCCAAUCCUGAAACCCCUGCAAGACUUUCACCUGAGACUUUACAAUUACUCGAAAUGAUUGGUAAUCAAUUGGUGGGUAAAAUUGAAGCCAUGGGGGUCUCUGAAUCAGAAUCAAGCUCUGCUGAGGCAGCCAUAAAUAAUUUACAAUUGGUAAUUAGUUUUAAUCAAGAAUGA